AUUUUUAGAAAGUGCGAAAAACGAGAAGAUUGAAAAUGAAGUUGCUGUCUAGCAUCAGGGAUAUACCUGCAUUUAACAAUGAAAAUGUGCACAUUAGGAAUGAACAAGAAUUGUUGGGAAAACUUAACAAGAUUAUUCAAGAUGGACAAAAUUUGCAAAUAGUAACUGAUUUUGAUUACACAUUGACAAAACCUUUAAUGGAAAACGGAUCGCCUGUUCUUACUACUUAUUCAAUGUUCUGGGAGUGUCCUUCAAUACCUCAGAAGUACAGAGAUGAGGAUAAAAAGCUUGCUGAAUUCUACAGGCCUAUUGAGCGUGACUCACUUAUGGAUGAGGAAGAAAAGACUAAACACAUGAUAGAAUGGUAUAAGGCAGCUAAUGCACUACUUAGAGGUGUCACUUUUCCCAGGCAGGAACUGUUGGGCGUUGGGCAGAGGAUGAUAGAAUGCUAUAGGGACGGCGUGCACGAGCUGGUGGCGUGGAGCCAGCGGCAGCAGGUGCCGGUGCUGGUGUUCUCGGCGGGGCUGGGCGACUCGGUGCAGGCCGCGCUCACGGCCGCUGGUUUCCAGCUCCCUAACGUUAAGGUGGUAUCCAACUUCCUGGAUCUCGAUGACAACGACAAAAUAGUGGGCAUAAAGGGCGACGAGGUGAUCCACACGAUGAACAAGAACGAGACGGCGAUCAAGAACACGGAGUACUACGAGAUGGUGAAGGAGCGCCGCAACGUGCUGCUCAUGGGCGACAGCAUCGGCGACGCGCGCAUGGUCGAAGGCAUGGAGCACUGCGCCGCCGUCGUCAAGCUCGGCUUCCUGGGCCACAACGUGCACGACAGCUUGCCCAAGUACCUGAGCCAGUUCGACGUCGUGCUCGUCAACGAGCCCAGUAUGCGCCUGCCCAACGCCAUACUCCAGCUGCUCGCCUGACGCAUGCACUGCCUAGCCAAUUCUUAGUUUUAGUUAGCGCAAUCUCCCCUCGGACUCUCACUCCCGACGUGUUACGAUGUUUUUUGUCAUAAUAACAACGAUAGUAUUCUUUUGUUUGCGAAGCAAAAUUACGUUUUAUACAUCCGUAGGACGUACUUACGGGUUGAGUGCGAGUUUAUAUCAAACGCGCUCUCUAGUGAGCGCGUUUAAAAAAUGUAUGAAAAUUUUAGUUUUUGAACGUUUCCCGCUAGAGGCGC